AUCUUAUGAAUAAUUAAAUGUUGAGGAGAAUUCUAUAUGCAUAAAUGGAGGGUGAAUUAAAACCAUCUAACUUAGAGAAGAGGAGUUGUAAAGCCGCGAUUAUAAGCUAGCUACUAGUAUUGUGGAAGUGCCUGGUAAGAAGAGCUUAGGCCUACCGAUUUUAAACAGCUGAUCAAGUUUGAUUAAGGACCAAGAUGGAAUUUUCCACUGUUGCUAUUGGAUUACUUAUUUCCAUUGAACUUGGGUACUUUGUGAAAACCUUCAUUUAUACUAUAGGAUCACGAUGGCUGACCGCAAAAAUCCAUCCCUUAGCAUCAUCAAAGAUAUAUGGUAUUUGCUCCACACGGGAUGUGGACUUUAUGCUGAAUCAUAUUAACAAUUCAAGAUACCUUCGUGCAAUGGAUUUUGGCCGCCUCGACCACAUUGUGAGAUCAAGAGUUCUAACUUUAACAGGAAGGGAUAAACCAAAGCUUCUUGUAGCCGCAAGUACCAUAAGAUAUAGGAAACCCAUCUACAUUUUUAUGCCUUAUAGGCUAGUAUCACAGAUAGUGUACUGGGAUGAAAAGAAUAUUUAUUAUAAGCAGAAUUUUGAAACUCUUCAUGAUAACUUUCUACGAGUAACUGGGUAUGUAAAGGUAGCUGUAAUAGGAACUAGUCCACAUGAGCUUCUUAGUAAGUGUAUGACAGAGAGUGUACCCAAUCCUGAAGUUACAGAAGAUUUGGACCAUUGGAUUAAGUUUUUGAAGUCAAACAGUGAGUGCCUCAAGAAGCUUCGUUAACUGCUUGUGAGAAUAGUGUCACAUUUUGAAGAUUGUCAAUGAUUUUAUUUUAUUUAUUUCUAAGCUGAGAAGACAAGUAGUUAAAGGAUGAUGGUUCUUAAUGAGAUACUGCAAUGUCUUUUUGUGGUAAUCAGUAUUUGUAUAAGGUCAUUUAGUAUUUAUUUUUAUAUUUUUAUCCAGAGGGGAUAUACAAACAUGUUUUAUUCUCUUCUUGCCUAUGUGGGAAAAAUUAAUUACCGUACUCAUAAAUUUCAAUGUAUCAAAAAGCAGAAAGAAAGAAAAUUCAAGCCUUUUUUGCUUUAAUUUGUUACUGUGUUUUUAAUUAAAUGCAUACAGGUGUAUAAUUUGGUACUUUUCUACCUAAUAGCUAAUUUGACUUUAGCUGCCCCCCCCCCAGGCAUUUUUAUAUUUCAAAUUACUCUCAAAGUACCAUUUCAUAGCAAAUAUGUUUGUGGUGUUCUAAAAUACAUAUUAACUUUUGUUUUCAUAAAUUGAUUAUAUUAUACACAGAAGGGUCAUGCUCAGUGUAGUGCAUGGUUGAUGGAAGUGAUUGUAGUUAACUCAAUGUAUUCAGUUAUUCUGCUUAAGUUCAGCAAUCUGUUUGAUAUGCAUAGGCAAGAAGAGAACCUUGCAACUGUUAGCCACAGUUGCCAGAGAAUAUGAAAUCUCAUUUUCUUUGCAAUCUCAAAAGAUCUUUUUGUAUUUCACUCCACAUUCUUAUGAAGUCCAGGUACUGUACUCUAAAUAGGGUACCAUUGCAUGACGGGUUUCAAAAAGCAUUUAAGUUCAACUGUUGGAAUAGUUUUUAUUCUUUACAGUUGCUACAUCAGGUUUCAAAAAAGUACUUUAUAUGUUAAGCAUAAAAAUACUUGAUCAAUGCAAAGCUCAGUUUAGGGCUGUGUUAACAUUUCAUAAUAUGUAUAUGUACUUCAUAUAUAUGUUACUCAUAUUUAUGUAGUUGUCUGAGUAAUUUUCGAGUUCCUUUUAGGUAUGAGAAGCACAUUUUAUGUUAUUUAUUUAGUUUGUAGUUUUAUAAGGCUAUUUUCUUGUCAAGCCAAGCUUGUAGUCAUAUGUCUUAUAUAGAUAAGAAAGCCUUUAAACAAUGUUUUAGUUCAAAUAGGAUAUAUUCAAAGGUAAUGCAGUUUAUUUUGCAAGCAUAUGAUUUUAUCUGACCAAAUUCGUCAUUUCAAUUACUGUUUGGUCCUUCCUACUGAUGAUCAUUGUAAUUAUGUUUUAGGUGUUAUUUUCUGAGUUUUAUUCUUUGGGGUGGUUCUGUUAACUCCAGUGAUCUUAGACCCCCCAUUAUUUUUCUUCUUUCUUUAAGUAUUAGCUUAAAAAGGUCAUUUGUUUCAUCAUCCCAACUCUUCAUAAAAGUUAAAAAAAAAAAAUGGGUGACAAAGUUCUGAUUUUUAUUCUUUUAGGUGUAGUAGUUCUCUAAACUCCAGUGAUCUUAGACAAAAAAAGUUAAAAAAAAAAAAAAAAAAGUGUGACAAAGUGUGUGUUGCUGAAAGCAGCCUAGGCAUAGUAAUUUUACCUUCAGAUUGAGCAUAUCUUUUUUGCAGCAAGUGAUCUUUGUAUAGAAGUGGAUAUUGCAAUUAGCAUAUAUGAAUUUUGAAUAUACCAGUUUUCUUAGUUUCUUUAAUCACUCAGUUUUCAUAUACGUAGUAUAAUGUUACUAAGGUUUUAAACACAUCUGAAAAUUCUAUUUCUGGGGAAUAACUGUAUCCUAUAGUAAACAAAUGCAGUGAACCCCUGCCUGUUCAUAGUUCUGGAUUCCCAGAUUUUUCUGUGGAACGUUUAUCCACAUUAUUCAGGGAAAAUUCAUGUAUUCGCAGAAUUUUUCAUAGAGAAAUAUUCAAUAAUUACUGUAUUCUCAUGUUAUUUUUGGGACUGAAUACAUUUUUCAUGAUAAAACUAUUAAAAUAGUCAGGUACAAGCUUUUUUUUUUUUUUUUUUUUUUUGUGGUUCAACUAUCAAAAUAGGCAGUCAUAAGCAUUUGUUUAGUACCAGCCCCAAGGGGAUGUACAUUGAAAUGUGAACAUAUUGUACACAGAUAGUAAUUAUCUUAGACAGAGUGAAACUACAAGAAAUUUUAGUAUGCUCUUCAUACUAGGCAUAUUAAGAAGACUUAAGAACAAUGUAAGAAACUCCAGUAUUGACAACUGAUGUUGAAGUAAAAUUAUACUAACUGCAGAUAAUGGAAGUAAUAAAAUCUUAAACAUCUUAAGACCUAUUACAAUAUAAAGUAUUGUGAACUCUUUUGAGUACUGUAAAUUUGGAUGCUUUCAAACUUGAAUAAUUUUCGUAUGAGAAAAUAAAAACUUAAAAUGAUUUUCGUAUGAGAAAAUAAAACCCUUAAUAUUAGGAGGGCUAAUUUUAUUGUUAGGUAGUAUUUAAGAUUUAAAAUUAUUGAAUAUUGCUCUGAGUCAACCCUGUAGGGAUACUGCUUUUGUUGUUCUUAGCACAGCAGACUAUGGGCAGUAUUAAAGGUGCUUUUACAAUGUCCUGGUAACGUUCAGUUUUGUAGCUUUAUUUUUUAUUGUCACUCUACUUUCCAUACACUUGCCUUUCCAGUUUCUACUUUCUCCCACUCUGGAACUAGCCCAGUUUUUAGCUAUGAAUCCUUUAAGGCAUCCAAAUUAGAGUAGGAUAACAGUAUUGUCAACUGGACAUCAUCUACUAGCUGAACCUUACAUGUACCUGGAGGUUGGGGUGUGAGUUUAAAGUUUACCUUAGGGUGAUUUCAUUUCAGCCUCUUGCCUGACUCUCAUUCUCCCUCAACUACUGCACCAGCAUUUCCCCUACAAGUUUAUACUAGCUUAAUAUCUGUCUCUGUUGGCUCUUGUUUUAAUUUUUUCUUUAUUUUUACUGUACCAGGUACAGUCUGUUGUAAAAAAAAAAAAGUGCUGCAAAAUUUUUCCUUCUGAAUUUCUUCUUUGAUAUUUGCAUUCCUACCGUAAGUCUUGAGUGUAAUAUUUUUCAAUAUACCAUGUAACUCUUAAUUGGGCUUGUCUAAAUUUCUCUUCCUCAAAAGAAUUCAUGCAUGCUUACAGUGGAUUUUCUCUAUCAUUUAUUUUCGUCAGUUGUUAUCGUGUACAUUGAUUUAAUCACAUGCCAUGUAUAUGUGUUUUGUAAGGUAAUACUAUAGAUUUUUGCAUUUUUUGAGACCUUAUGUAUAUUCUUUGCUAUUCACUUUUUAUUUUUUUUUUGAGUUAUUUCUUUGUUUUGCCCACCCUUUGGAGCUGUGCUUUAUUCACCUUGUUAUUCAUAUUAAAGUUUGCAUGUUAUUUCCCUUCUAUAGCCCUUUUAUCAAGAUGACCCUAAGCUGUUGCAUAAGUUGUUGGUCUGAGACGAGUAGCAAGGGCCAAGAGGAGCUCACCAAUUAUUUUCCCUCACUCUGCCAUACUCCCUUGAUAUCUUUUUUUUCUGUUUUGAAUAAUAAUAAUAAUAAUAAUAAUAAUAAUAAUAAUAAUUGUUAUUAUUGUUUGUACAUGAUAAUAGACUUAGUAGACUGUUUUUCCCAUUUCCACAUUUCUUGCUUUCACAUCAUCCUGAGUCGUACAUGCCUUUGAUGAAAUGAAUUUCUCGUUUUUUUUUUUUUUUUUUUUGCAUCUGGAUAUUGUUAUUUGUUUUGUUGAUUCCACAGCAUGCCUGUUUUUUUUUCUCUCUCUCUCUCUCUUCUCUGUUCUUUUGGGGUUUUCUGUUACAAUUCCUUGUAUAUUUAUGUCAAACCAGUUUCCUAAGACUUAUUUUUGUGCUUGUUAAAUUACAGUAGGUUUAGCUUUGUAAAGACAUUCUUGUCAAGUUAAUGGCUGCGUUUUGGUAAAAUUAUGCCAACUAUACUAUUGUCCUUCUGUAACCCUGCAGUGCAGAAGUUCAGGAUGAUAUGGAGGUAGCCCAAGAGCUCAGGAAAAAGGUCAGAGGAUUCUGUAACACGCCAUAGAUUGUUCAGUAUGUCUUAAAAGAAGAAAAGACCAGGUUUAUAUGUUGUUCAGUCAUACUAACUGUUAUUUUUUAAUGUUUUAAUUUCUUGAAGGGGCAUGAGUGACGGGCUCUCAAGCCUGUGAGCACCUUAAAACUCCAUCCACUUUUCCACAGAAUUUCACCUGUUGUUAGUAAAUGACCCUAAUGAUAAUGACAAUAAAAAAGAAAGCUGAAUGAGGAAUUUAGAGAAAUCCUGUGAAAUAUCCAGUAGUCUUAGAUCUGGUUGCACUGGUUAAUUAUUUGCCACAGUAGAUAGCAAAGUGAAGAUCUUUGGACUAUAGGUAAAGAAUUUUAAAAGAGUAUUAAGCCAUAGCCCUAGGAGGAUUUUGAUCAUAAAUGGAAUCCUUUUGCUGAAAGUAAUCUCAAAGUGGAUGUUUGCAUAUCAUUCAUCAUCAUCCUUCAGUGUGUUUUCUGACACCAAGCUAUCGAGCAUCAUCAUUGAUACUGCAUUGACCUGGGCUCUUUUUCAUAUUUUUUCCCACCCCUUAUUUCUGACGUCACUCUCCCUUUAGAUACCAAGAGCAUUCAGUCUGAAUUUUGUUUUUUAAAAUGGUUCUUGUUUUGAACCAAAACACACUACUACUGUAAUAAUGAAAGGAUCAGUCAUAGCUUCGUCAGAGAAUGAAUGUAAAUUUUCUUUGAUCUUUUCAAAAUGUAGACAGAUAGUUUCAGCAGCCUCAGCAUUGACCAUUGUAACUCACUGAAAGGCUUGUUAUGUCUUAAUGCUUCUCAUCAUAUUUGUUUCUAGGAACUUCUGCGUAUACCCUUAUGCAAGUGAUUAAACUUAAGAAGAAUGGACCUGCUCACUUAUAAGGCAAGGAACAGUGCUUUGAAUUAGGUCCAGGAAAUUCAGCUUGAAGGAAGCUAAGGCAGCUCCUUGUUUUUUCCACAGUAACCUGCAGUUCAACCUGAACUGAAUUUUUAAGACUGUUUUGUACCAGAAAACAGUUUCACAGACUGCGCCAUUUAGCAGUCAUCGCUGUCAGGUCAUAACCUGCUGUGAAGGGUGUAGUGGAUGCCUUAACUCUUGACUUAUCUCAGUAGCUUGUGCUGAAAGUUAUUUGUUUAAAUUGCCACUGUGAUUCAUAAUACAUGCUCUGAGAGGGACCUUCAAGACAGUAGCUGAUUAAUUGUCAAUUUUGUUGAAUCUUUCGGAGGGAACUUUGUGAUACCAUGAAGUCUCCAACUUUCACAGAGUUUGUCAUUUAAACCUGGUAGUUCCGGGAGGUAUGCUGCAAAUUCUUUUUGGAUGCAUUAAGCAGUCCUCUUAAUCUUUGGGCUCACUCUAUUAAGUCCCAACUUCUAGUCCAGAUUCUGGUUAUUCCCUUUCAGAAGUAAUAUAUCCCCCAUCAAGCUUGUCAUCAUCUUUCUGUACAGAUUUAGUCAUUAGAAAUAGCAGCCUCUGAAAAUGGAUGAUUCUGUAUUGGACAUACAGGUGUCUAAGGCAGUAAAUUGCAUGGGUUCUUUUACAUCCAAGGGAAAGUCUUGUCAUUGUUUUCUUAGCAAUUUUUUUCAAGUUCUCAACAAUCUCAUUUAGCUUUACAAUAACUGAAAUUGAUAGUGUGCAUCCAAUAUAUCUUUCAACAACAUUAACUAGGUAGGAGGAGUUAUUUUUAUGGGCCUGUGAGUGACUUUCAUUUGAGGCUCAUGCUCUGACCAAGGGUAGUUUCCACGUAGGAUAUUUGCUGAAUCUAGAAUGUAACAAGUAGUCAAGGUCAGAACAGAUUAGUACCGGUUAGAUUUCUUUGCCCUAAUGUUACUCAUAGGCAUCAUGUUACCUUUUCUGCAGGUCCUUUGGUGGCAGCUAGACAGGUAAUUUCUCAUAUUCCAAACACCUAGCUUUUCCUCUUUCUUAUGUUUAUGCUUGAUAUAUAUAACCAAACCACUUUACAUAGUCUUCUAGUUUCUAAGAGAUAAACCACCUUUCUUACUCCACUAUUAAGCUUGCAUCCUUAGAGUGGAAGUUUCAUUUACAAACAUUCCUCUUGAGAUAUAGGAACUAAGAAGUUCAUAUCUGUAACUGAACUCUUAGUGACUUAUGGUAAUUCAAGAUUUCUUGGUUAAUAGCAUCAAAUAUUUAGACUUGAUAUCUUAGGUACUGUGACUGGACCUCAGUAUCAUAGUGUCAUCUUCAAUCAUACUAACCAAACUUAAUUUUAGGCUUCCAUAUUAUGCAAAUUGAAGUUAGUAACCAGUCUCUUGACAGAAUCAUCUUUAGUGACAGCAUAGAGAAUAGUUAAUUACACCGAUUCUUUCCACAGAAAUGUUCACCUUUCAACCAGUGAAUGAUUGGGAAUUUUGGAAAUUUUUUUAUGUAUAUUAGCAUUGUUUGUCUGUAAAGCAAUAUUAUGGUCUCCUAUCAUACAUAGUCCUCUUUCAUAGAGUUCCUAACUCACAACCUAGUAUUGGAAUACAAUUACAAUUGGUCUAUGGUUUAUGAAUCUUAGAUAUGAGCAAAUAACAGUUUCUUCUUCAAGGGGAUCAGAGCUUUCCCCUUAGACCAGCUCACCCAUGUAAUCUGUAAUAUAAUGGAACCAUGUAAAAACUACUGCAGUCUAAAUUACUAUCUACCACUCUAACAGUAGUUUAUCUAAGUGUUUAUGUUAGAUAUAUUGAAACUGUUUUGAAAUUUUUCGUAGGUUGUAUACAAACAGCAGGUCAUCAACACAAAUUUUUAGAAGUACAUCUGCAUUAAGUUUACUAGUUAUAAUUAUACUACUCAGUAUUAUUGUCUUAUUAUAAGUUGUAUCUAAUUAUAUAUUUUCAUACAUUCAACUUCCCUGUCAGAUAUAUACUUAGCUAUAGACUCCGUCGUCCAUAGCUAAGUAUAUAUCUGCCAGGUAAGUAUGUAUGAAACUUUAUUGUACAAUAACAAUAUCAUUUUAGAAUAUUACUCCAUAGAUUAAGCACAAUGGAUAUAUUUAAUUAAUUUAAAUAUUUCAUGUACUCCGACUGCAGUUUUGGGAAACUCCAAAGAUUUAGCAUAAUGGAUAUAACUGUGAUUUUUAUAAGAAUAUUUUAUUGCCUCAAAUUGGAGUGUGGGAUAUUCCAAAGAUACAGCACACUGAAUCUAAGUGCAAUUUAUUUGUUAAUUUUUCUUUAACCCCUUAAGCUUAGGAGCAUCUGUAUAUGCUAGAUUUUUUAAAAGGUGGAAAAUUAUAAUAAAGGGCAACCAAAAUUAUCACGAGGGCAAGUGUGGCUGCCAUUUGCAAACCUAAAGUGGAUCUGGGGAAAUUAUCUCUUGGCAACAAAUUUAUAUAGGAGCAAAUUUAAAAACUGCUCUUUACCAAAACCAUUUAAAUUUAUUUAUUUUGCUCUGACCAUACAGAACAGGUUAAGAUACUGUUUUUGGUAUAUUUAACUUCUUGUUAUAUUUAACUUUGUUUACCCUUCCUCUUUUCAUUUUGAAAACAGCAUGGGUAAAGAAACAGCCAUUAAUAUGUGUACGCUAUUCAGGGGUAGGUGUGUAACCAGCACCCAUGCAGUACCUAGUGCUGUGUUCCUGCUGCAUUGGUUGGAGGCCAUGCAGAAUCUAUUGUCAUUGCUCUUGCUGCACUGCUUCCACCAAGGCUGUCCAUGCAGUGUUUCUGUAAGAAUGCAUGAAGGGGUGCCGUAGUCUGUUGCUUCUUUCUGCAACCGCAACUGUUUUGGCAAAGGAUACUGCACUUGCUUAAACCUGGGCUACUCAUAUUGAAAAACAAAAUUGUCCUAAAGCUGAUGUAAUCACUUUGGCUGCAUCUUACAUAACCUUUUGCUGUUGUACUUGGUACACCUGUUGUUUUUAAUCUUGCUGCAUUUACUACUAUUGUUCUUGCUGCAGACAGAAGCUGACAAGAGAUGAAGGUGACCAUGGUGGUGAAAGGUUCUUGUAGGUGUAGUAAUGGAAAAAGUAUGGUUCUGGCAAUGGAGAUUUGAACUAAAUACUUCUUUAGCUUGGAAGUUAUCAGACAAGGCUACUACAACCAUGCAGCUGUCACUGACAUUUUCUGGUGCUUAUUGGUUUGAAACAAGAGACCAGCAGAUGAGAGACAGCUUAUAACUCAAGCAGGAAACAUGAGCAACAAGAUCAAGGGAAAAAAAAUGAAUUUGAACUGGCAGUAGGAAGAACUCACCUGCUACUAGAUGCAGAUGGGACUUGGUGAAAGUGACACUUGAGCGCAUGAAAAACAACAAAGGAGAAUCAAGCCUGAAUAAAGAAACUGCAUAUGAGGGACUUGGAAAAAGACAGGCAGUGGUGCUCACAUACAGCCAAAGUCACAAGGCAUCAUCCUCUCUUUGGAAUAAAACUUGCAGAGGGUGAUCAGCAGAUACAGAAGUGAUAUCAGCAGGCAAGGGAGAUUGUUGCAACUACAUGGGCAGAAGAAGGUGCAAGGAUGCCCAAGAAGGCCUGGCAUGAAAAUAACAGGAGACAUAGGACUCAUGCAAGGUGCAGCACUGUUAAAAGCAAAGCUACUGAUAGUAUUUGGAGAAAAGAAGCAGAAGAGUUUCAUCCACAGAUGUGACAGGGAGUGAACAAACUGCUGGAAAACCUGAAGUUUGUGAAGGAAUACCUAGGGGGUGCAAGACAAUAACCACAUCUCUGUUGUGGCAAUAAGAAGGAAAUGGCCACUGAAGAUAGCAACUGCACCUGGAAGCCACCUGGCAAGGGCUGCGCUCAAGUGGGAGGAAAGGAAAGGAGAUAAUAAGGCACAAUAAGAGACAGGGAAUGAAACCUGGCAAAACAAUUGCUCCUUUAUUUUGCAAGAGAGUGGGAAAAAAGGCAGGCCUUCCAUUGAAUUUAUGAAGAAGCUUAAGCCGACUAACAUUCAAGGCACCAAAGACUAAUUUUCAUAAAGGCAUAACAAGAACCUUGAGCAGCGCAAUGCCAUCAUCACCAAAAACACCUGUCAAAAGAGUGAAUGCACCCAAACAAGGAACCAAGACAACACUUGACCUUGAAGAAAGUAUCCUCACUGGGGCAUUGAAAUGCAUUCUGCUAAAGCAAAAUUUCACUUCAUCAGGGACAGUUCCAGCAACAGCAAACUAUUAUAAUUAGUAAAUUAUAUUCAACAGUCCGAAACACAAGUUUUGGUAAAAUUAAGAAUACAGUACACAGUACUAACAUUAAAGAAGAAAAUCUAAUUGAAAUAUAAUUUUAUUAGCAGAAAUGCAACAAGUUCAAAAGGGCUAUGAUACAAAAGCGAAGAUACAAGAAGAUUAAUCUUUUCAUAAAAUCACAUAAAAAUAAGAAAACAUACACAAAUCAUUUAGUCUUAUAAUGACUUCUACCAACAUUUGACUGCUCAUUUUACAUGAUGUAGCAAACAAUUAGGGAAGAAUUGAGAAGCUAUGAGCUCUUUUUACCCCCAGCGCUUCUUGCUGUAGUAUAUAUAGACAAAUUUAUCAGGAAAAGAGUAUAAAAUGAAAACUUCAGCAAAAAAAAAAAUUAAAUAGUUGCAAAACAAUUAAAAAAGCUAUUGCUCCUGAAAAAAUUAGGGCAGAAAGUCCUUGUAGUAAUAUUUGAGAAUUGUCUCCAGUUCAGUGGAGAAAAUAACCUAAAUAAAGAUAAACUGAAAAAGAGUGAGUGAAAGUAAAAAGGGAUAAUUGGAAAUAAAAAAGUAAUCCUGAACAAUUAACUACAAGAGAGUCCUAAGGGACAAAAGGUGCAUGUGCCAAUCUACCCAAACUUAUUCUGCAAAUGGACUGACAAAAGUGGUACUUCGCAUGACAUACUAAUGUGCUAUGUUAAAUAGUCUGUGGUGAAACAAAAUGAAUCUUGGCAUUCCAUACUCACCCCACUUCUGUGUACUGAAAGUCAAUGACGGCUUACUUUUAAUUAUCAACAUCCACAGCCCAAGAAAUGUUUACACUGCACUUCAGUGUCAACUCCAAUACCAUACACCAUUUUCUGUUGACUCAGUCAUGACUAAUGUUUCCGUGAUGUGUUGCUCUCCUGGGCUUCAGGGGAUACUGUACUUGAAAGUGAAGUUUUGGAAUAUACUCAAACAAAGAGCACAAUGAGGCACAGUUUGUGAUUGUGUCAUCUAAACCCAGUCAAUCAUCAUUUGUUCUUCAAAAUUCUCAGGUUCACAUGCCUUAUGUGUAUUUAAAGAGAAAAUAAUCUUAGUAAUCGUCCCAGUUUUUCUUGAAUUUGCAAUGCUGUUAACAGCUUUGGUCACUGUUCUCCAAGUGUUUGCACAGAAUACUAUUCCAGUAAACACUGGAAUAGUAUUCUGUGGGUAUAAUGAUUUUUUUUAAGUCCUUGACUAGGUUCCAACAUUUUUAGGAGUGAGAGACCUAAAGAAAACUAAUUAGCAAGAAGGAAUCCACGGCACCAAUUGGAUUAGGGCUUAAGUUGGAGGAGUAAAGAACUAUAGUAGAUUCACAUCAACCGUGCAUUUGAUGUUUAGGCCAGUCCCUUACGAUGCUCCUGAUUGGCUGUUGAUAAGCCAAUCCAAGGGCUGGAAACUCUCAGUCUCUCUUGAGAGUUCACAUAGGCAGGAUGUAUGCCCCAGCUCUCCUGAGGGAUACUUUUGAAAGAUGUAUCCCUCAUGAGAAGUGGAAUAUAGAUCCUAUCCAUGUGAACUCUUGAGAGAGACUGAGAGUUUCCAGCCCUGUCAUUGGCUUAUCAACAGCCAAUCAGGAGUGUCGUAAGGGACUGGCCUAGACAUCAAAUGCACAGUUGACGUGAAUCUACUAUAGUAAAGGCUGUGACAGACCCAUGCCCAUACCUCCCUCAUUUUUUGCCACAACCAACAACUAUAUAGCCUUUACAGAAUAAAGCCAAUUCCUCACAGGCUUAACCAUCCCUCUCGAGUUUUGUAAGUAAAUGUGAAAUAUACCCCAGCUUCUUUCUCAUUCCCGGUCACCUUCAUGCUGACCAGAUACAAAUGAAGUCAUAUCCCUCUCUACUCUCUACUUCUGUUACCUUAAGCAUGAUUUGGAUGUUUCUUAAAUUCUGAUAACAGGUACUAGGUUGUGCCAGCAAAGUACUUUUAUUCAUUGGACCAGUAGCUGCAAAUGGGUUAUGUUUUACCUUUGAAGGAAGAUGUUGAGGAUUCAUCAUUUUCCACUUCCUCAUAAAUCAUCUACAUCUUAAAUUCAUGGAACUUUCACGACACAGCCAUCCAAGGUUACUAGCUUUUAAUUCUUGUGGAUAAUUAAUAUAUUUUCCAAUCUAAAACUUCCAAAUAAAAGCAACUUGCUUUCAUAGUAAGCUUGGUUGUAAGCAUACUAUGAAAAACUUAUGUGCUACCUCAGCUUUGGUGUCUGACCUAUUUCUAGCCCCCAAGCUCUCCUGGAUCGUUCAGGCUUAUUCAGACACCCUGGAGCAUUCGUAAUCUUGGUCUUUUGCACAGUUAGCAAUUUAUGUAUGCAUAUGAUAGAUGGGGUUGUGAAGGAACCAAUUGUGUUUUUAUAACUAAGUUUUUUCACACAACUGCAACUAACAUAUAGGGAAUGCCAUCCUUCCAGGUCCUUGAAUCAUACUUACAGUUUACAUGAAAAUUGUGAUAGAUGAUUGCGACAUAACCUGAGAACCCAUAUUAUCCAUGUAUAUUUUAAAAGACUUGUGAACCUGGGAAUUUUCCAGGACAACUAUAAGGCAUAUAAAGUAAUUACUGAUGAGUUUGUUUGUAAGGAAAAAUUUUUGGUUAAAACCCAUAGGUUUUAUUAACAAAUGUUUCUAACUCAUAUUGUAGUUUCGAUCUUCAUGGUGAAAUAAGUUUUUAUUUUGUGGGUCUAGUGCUGAUGAUGUUAUUGAAUAAAUUACAUUUGUGUUAGUGAAUACUGAAUGAUUAUUGUGAGAAAUAUAGGGAGUAUUAACACUGAUUUUUCAGCACUUUGGUACUGUAUUAGUACUAAGCAUAAGUUAUUUGUAUUUAAAAUUUAUUUAAAUAGCCAAUAAGGCUUUUUAAACAAUAUUUAUUAAUUGGUUCUGUAAUUGAUUGUGAUAAACAGAGAUUAUACCAAAUUAGUGUAGGUUCAGCUGUGAUAAAUAUUGUGUUAUAGCAAACUUUUACUCUGUAUGUAGAAUAAGAUAUAUACAUAUAUAUUAUUUUUAGUUUUUCCAAGUUCAGGUUAGCAAUUUCCAAAAUUUUUAUAUAGAAUAAUAUAUGUUAUUUCUAGUUUUUCCGAGCUAAGGUUAGCAAUUUCCAAAACAUUUUCUAAGUGAUCAUCCAGAUUAGUUUUCAAUGGAAGUUUGUUCAUUUUAGCCCAUCUGCAUUAAUACUGCUCAUUUCCAAAUUUUUGUCACCCUAAACCUAUCAUUUUAUUCGGAGUGAGAGCCAUAAUCCUUCCCCCCCCCCCCCCUUUUUAUACUUUGAAUAUGAUGGUAUUUAGCUGAUAGUGCCAUUAACUUAUUCUUUUAAAUUUAUUUGAGUUUCUAGUUGAGGAACUACUUGAAGUAUAGUGGUUUGAUGUGCUUUACGAUACAGCAUUUGUAUCUCACUGUAAUGAAUACUUUUCUCACUAUCUUGAUUAUAUUGAGCUUUUACAUCUUUGUCGGGUAAUGUUUCUUUAGAUAUGUAAGCUUUUCUAUUAUGUAACAGUUACUUACUAGUUGCUACUCUGUUGACUUUUCUUGGUCAGUGAUUCAUUGUCAUGUGUACCCAUCUGCUAAGGUCUGCUGCAAGUUUUAAUGAUGCUUUAUAUUUUACACUCAACUUUGCUUUGUUAGAAUUGGUUAUUAAUUUCACUCAACCACAAAUCUGUCAGGAUUAUUUGGAAGAUGCACCAUAGGUCUGAGUUUAGGAUAAUGAUCAAAGCUUAGUGACCACCAGUUGGAUAAAAUAACAUAUGAAGAAUUUAGGAGUAACUGCAUUCUUCUAAGCAGCAAUUUGUGACUGUUGUAGAAACAUCUCUUGCAGGAGUUUGUUCCUUGUGUCCAUUUUCAUUGGUGCUGAAUUUUACCCUUCAGGCAUAGAGUAAGAUGGGGAGAAUCAAACAAAUUAUAUGAAGAACUCCCCCUACUGGGAAGGGGAGAUUUCUAACUUGAUGCAAAAUAGUACUAUUUUGUUAGUUUAAACCAAUACUCAUAACAUAAUUCUUCUGCCUUAACUGGCAUUAAGUACAUUGGAGAUAUUUCCAUUUAUGAAACAAUAAGUAUAUUAAAUUUGUUGAUGACUGUCCAUCCCCUUCUGUCAAUAGAGUUUAGAUUAUCAAAGAACUACAUUAUUAUUAAUAAUUAAAUUUACUGUUUCAGACCUAGCAGCUUAUCUAUUUUAUAGAUGAUGGUUAUAGACCUUAGCAUAAGCUUAAAAUUAAGCGACUCCUAAUGUUAAUUAUCUGGUAUUUGCCAGUCUUACAAGUGUGAAGUAUCUUGACUCAGUGGUCUGAUUGAACUACAUAAAAUAUAAUGCAGUAAUGAGAUUUAUAUAUUGUAUUUGAUACUGAACAAAGUCUGAAGUAUUGUUUUGGGCUGUUUUAUAAAAUGGUCAGCUUUUAAUGAAGUCAUCAUUAAGAUAUGAACAUAUAAAUGCAUUUGCUGACUGUAAUGAUGAAUACUUUUUAAAAUUUAGCUUAUAAUUUAAAGAUAUGUUAAAGCUCCAAUAAGGUUGCCAUUGCAGUCCACUGAGAUAAAGAAACUAAUACUAACCUACGUAAGAGCUACAUAUUUGUUUUGGUGAAGGCUGAUGUAAAUUUGUGUUUUUUUUUUAAUGGAAAAACUUGUCUUACAAGAUAUCAGUAAUUUACCAUUAGUAAAAUGUAUCCACUUGUCCGAUUAAACCAGCAUCAGUCCAUGAUAUUCCGUUCAAAAGAUAAGAAAUAAGUUAUUGGUUAUGCACUUAUUUUUGUUUAGUUUUCAAUUCAAUGUAUAACCUUCUUGUACUGUAUGAAUAUAGAAACCAUCACCAUACUAAGUCCUAUUGCACUGGUACUUCAAAGGGCAGAACAACUUGAGAAUUUAAGUACUACAAAGGAAGCAUCUGUGAUUCUGGAGAGUACAAGAAUCAUCCUUUAAUUGCAGUAUAUUGUAAAUUCCUCAUCCCUCCCUGAUCACAUCUAUACCUUUGUCUUUAAGUAUUAUCAUGUCAUGUCAGCUCUAAUAAUUUUUCACUUCUCAAUUCAUAUUGUCUCGCUAUUUUUUGCUUGCAUUUUUUCACAUCAUUCUUUGAUGACUACCUAGAAUGUUGUGUUUAUGAUCUAAUGAAAUUUAUAACACUCAUAUUUCUGUGCAUAUUUCAUUGCUUAUUAAAUGUGAUAAAUGUAAGAGAAGCCACAGUGUGAGUAAUUACUAUACAGUUUAUUGACAGGCUCAUAUUUUUGUAUUUUUGACAUGCACUAAGACUUUCUCUAUUUUUGUCACUGUUUUAUUACACAAGAUACCUUAACAAGGGAAACUGGACUUGAAAGAAGUUUAUGAUUUAUACGUAAAGCCGUUGGUCCCGUUGCUGAAUAACCACUGGUUCCAUGCAACAUAAAAACACUACACAAACAAACAAACAUGUACAUAUUAGUGAGAGACCUUCUAUAUGUGUCCUCUACCUCUUUUUCUCUUGUAGGCUCUUCAAAUGUAAGUGAACCUCAACCUUUCAAGGGUAAAUCUUAAUUUGAGAUGAAUGGAUGAAGUAUGAAUUUAAGCAGGCAUUGAAGUCUGACUAGUUAGGAACAAAGCUUGCGAGUGGCAAGCAUGAACUCUGCUUUUGAAUCAGAUUCUAUUGCUGUUCCUGUAACUUCUCAAGGUUCUGCUUCCAUAUACCCUCACUCACCCUAUCAUACUUCCACAGAUCCUUCCAAGAGCAGACAUGAAUUUAAGACUCGUAAGUCAUCCUGUUGAGGUUGCUUUAGGAACAUGGAUUUCACAUCCUUCUUCCUCAAUGUGCAACAGAAGCCUGCUUUUGCUACUGCUGUUCUGUCUACCUUUGAUGCUAAAUUUCCAAAAAGAUUUAAUUUUGUACAUGGUUCAUUGUAAAUACAUGCAGCUGCCAUUCCACCUCCUCCCUAACAACAUUCUGUGGGAUGACUGAAAGUUUGUUAUUCCUACAUAGGGCUUUACAAGAUAUAUCUCUGUUGCCAUGCAAUACACUUCAAUGCUUGGUUUUCUUGUUCCUAUCACUUUCCCUGAAAAAUGCAGUAGUCCUUUAAAGAAAGCUACUAAAAAGGCUUAUGCUUCUGUUCAAGAAAACCACUCUCACUGACAGUAGAGCACAAAGAUAUGGAUCACUGGAUUAAAUAUGUAGUUUUUUUUAGAGGCAAUAUUUCACUUUACUUUUCAAUUUUGUCUUUCAGUGUUGGAGGGGUGUUCAGGUGUUUUACUCUCUGUCUCAUAAGUGGAUCAUCUUUAUUUCACCCAUGUCAUACUCACCAAAGCUCUUACCAGAAACCAUAACUUAGCAUUCUUUACAGUCAUGCCUGAAGUAUAAAUACUUUUGCUGUGGUAAGAGUGGAGAAACCUUGUAACUAUGGCUUUUAUGCAUGCGUUAGAAGUAAACUAUUAUUAUUUUAUUGUUGUAGUAGUUUACUUCAAACUUAGACCAAGUAUACCCAGUAUAUAUUUUUGGUUGGCUGCUAACAUGAAUGAUUUAGGCACAGCACUCUUCUUUUCAUCCCAAUUAGUGAUGAGGCUCUAGUUAGAUGUUUUGUAUUAUUAUACAAACAAUCCAGUUUUUUGUGGGGAAUAUUUUGUUUCACGGAAUAAAAAGCCCUUUCCUUCAGUUGGAUAUAGUAGAGAGAAACACAAACCAGCCAGGGAGUGAAAAGGUAGUGGAGGAAAACCCAAUGUGAAAGGUGAUCCUCAGCUUUCCUUUGAUUAGGCAUGUCAAUUUUAAAUUUCACGUUGGUCUGUCCUUCAAAGUACAACUGUAGUAAUAGGCCCCAGUAUGACAAUGGAAUUCAUCUUAAAAUUGCACAACAUGUAUAGAAAAUAAAUUGGUUUCUAUGUACACAAACUUCAAGGUGAUAUUAGGAAUUUAAAGAGUGUGACAUUUAUCUUUGCACAAACACUGAGGUGAUAUCUAGUCAUAAUAUAUAUGUUAUCAACUAUUUAAUUUGAUGAAUGAUUCGUGUCUAUUCCUAUAUUAUAGAGUUAUUUGUAGGUGAGGCAACCUUAAAUUUAAUGAAUCUCAAAAAUGAGAAAUGUUCAAACUUCACAACAGCUUUAGUCCAUUAUUUAUUCACUUUGUUAAUUACUUUAUCAUAAACUUAACUGAUUUAUUCUGUUUAAUUAUCCUUUCUUGCUGUUCCAUCUAGUUUACCCCUGCUUUUAAAUGA